GUUCUGUGAUCGAUACCACCUCCUCGCAAGCUGCGAUCGCUCUCUGAUCCUGUGAUUGCGAUUUCUCUGCUUUGAGUUGCGAUAUCCCCAGGCACUUGCGCAAUGCUCAACUGACACCAAGUGUCCUGAUAAGAAGACGCAUUGUUCUAGCCGUGCGUUAAUCAUUCCUCCCGUCUACUUUGGACGGUGCCUGGCAACGACGAAGCGUGGAUGGAUACCCGCGUUCUACAGUGAUUCAGUUCUUUGCACAGUUUUGACUUUUGAUUUGCGAUUGCGAGUGGUUUACUGUCGCUAACUCUCGCAUUUAGCGCUAUAGAUACUACGUUUGCAACAUUGCCAUCGAUGCUCGUCUUCUCAAUUCAUCCCUCAGCGGCGUGGCACUAAAAUGCCCCUGACUAGAGUGGAACUUCUCCCUCUGUCCGUCUUCGUUCUAUUGCCUGGCACCUUCAUAGUUACGUACUUGAUCUCAAUUCUCCUUGGCCAUGUGGAAGUGGAGUUUCCGUACAUCAGCGACACGGGCACAUACGCCCCUGAGAGCUGCAUAUUUAGCCAGCUCCUCAACAUCUGCUCCUUCUUGAUGGCUGCAACAGUGUAUGUUCGUUACAAAGAAGUGGAGCAAUACUACAGGGACCAUCUGUCCCAGGAGUCGCCGCGGGUUCUUCGGAUGAACAUUAGCGGCCUAUGGCUGGGCUGGAUUUCGUCCCUAGGUGUAUCCAUCGUCGCCAACUUUCAGGAGACUGAAGUGCUCUAUGUUCACCUCUGUGGAGCCUUCCUGGCUGUGGGCGGUGGCACGGCAUACACGUGGGUCAACACGCUUAUGAGUUUCCAUAUGCACCCGCUGGUGAACACUCGCUUCAUGGCGUGGCUACGAUUUUUCCUCUCUGUGGUGGCAACAGUGGCCUUCAUCUCCACUGCCAUCACAGCACCCAUGUCGCUUCAGAGAUUUCACGGAAAGGACAAAACGAAAUGGAAGCCUGAAGACGGGGGUUACCACCUCCACGUGGCAAGCACAGCAUCCGAGUGGAUCCUAGUGUUUGCAGUGGACAUUUACCUGCUCACGUUCGUCAAGGAACUUCGCCAAGUCUGCCUCAGCUCCCCUAAGGUACAGUUUCUGAUGGAAGGUACCCACCUAUCAAACUCGAGCGACGUGUACCACACGCAAGACCACUUGGAAAUCGCGCACGCCCCCAUGCCUUCCUUAGGCAAUGGAGCUUCAGACGUAGCCAUUCUCACCACGCGGGCAAUCGUGCACUAGUGUAGUGGCACGUCCCGUGCUUAAAACUCUUGCCGUGAAUCCCGGAAUGUGCACGUUUUAACUUGCGAUAUCCUUUUGAUGAUGAUGAUACGCGAGUGAUGCAUAUACACAUACAUGGCCUGUCGUCAACUGCUAACGUCCGGUUGUCGUCCGGCAGUUGCCCCCACUUCGUACUGCAACGGCAGGCAGUGUAUCAGUUUGCUACAUGUUCCGGAGCCUGUAAAAAUGGUUCCUCAUUGCCGCCUGCCGAUAUGUUCCUGUGUUCCUUUUGUUCCACUUUCAAAAGGUGAAUGUGUUUAACACAACUGUGAUUAGUUCAUGAACAAUCGUUAUCUCUGAUAGUGCACACACGCCUUGUCAUUUGUCUGAACUUUGCUCACAGUUUGUGCUGCCCACCAUAUAUCUGGCGCACAUGCCGAGCUAGUGUUCUAUGGAAGUCAUAUGUACUGGUGGUGUAAAACACUUUGCGCACACGGUCGACCAUCACCUGAGUGGUUACCAGAUUUUGCGAGUUCUCCGUAGAAUAUUUAUUUCAUUCUACCUUUGAGGAGGCCUCUCAUAUGUAGCCCUGUUUGGGCUAUGCAUUCCCGCUACGCAUGUAUUUUUAGUCCUCCAGUUGUAAGUGUGGCUUUUUCUUGGUGGAACAUUUUUUUAGUUGAAUGUCCCCCAUAUUAUAGGGAGCAUCGGUUCCCUUAUAAAGCAAGUUAAUAUUUAACAUUUCAUUAAUGCCUUUAAGAGUAGCAUUACUUUAGUAAUGUGGGCAUUCAUUGAUCAGUGUACAAGUUUAUUUACUAAUGAAAGGGCAUAAAUUUCAUAUUGCUUUUUUUUUCUGUUGUGGUUAAAAGAGCGUAUGUUUGUGUAUAGUACUAUUUUUGAGCCCUGCUGAUGCAGUCUGUAUUUUUAUUAUAAAUUAAAAUGCAUUUUUAAACGAAAA